AUGCUCCCCGCAGCCGCAGCGUCUACUGCCGCGUACAAUAAAUCGACCGUUUCAGUGCUGGAUAACGCCUUUAGGUGCUCGGAUGUCCCUGCCGCAGCCUCCUCGGAUGAGGUGGAAAUCCUGCCAAUUGGCAGUGGGGGGGAAGUUGGUCGUUCCUGUGUUAUUCUCCGCUACAAGGGACGCUCCGUGAUGCUGGACUGUGGCAAUCACCCGGCGAAGAGCGGCCUGGAUUCGCUUCCCUUUUUUGACAGCAUUCGCUGCGACGAGAUUGACGUGGUGCUUAUCACCCACUUCCACCUCGACCACUGUGGGGCGCUGCCCUACUUCUGCGAGCAAACAGCCUUUAAAGGACGUGUCUUCAUGACAAGCGCAACCAAGGCCUUCUACAAGAUGGUGAUGAAUGACUUUUUGCGUGUUGGUGCAAGUGCCAACGAUAUCGUGACGAACGAGUGGUUGCAAAGCACCAUUGAAAGAAUUGAGACGGUGGAAUAUCAUGAGGAGGUCACUGUUAAUGGCAUUCGCUUUCAACCCUUCAAUGCGGGCCACGUCCUUGGAGCGGCGCUUUUUAUGGUUGACAUUGCCGGCAUGAAAACGCUCUACACCGGGGACUUCUCUCGCGUUCCGGAUCGCCAUCUGCUGGGUGCUGAAGUGCCAACCUACUCACCCGAUAUUCUUAUUGCGGAGAGCACGAACGGUAUACGUGAACUGGAGUCACGUGAGGAACGCGAAACACUCUUUACCACCUGGGUCCAUGAUGUUGUAAAGGCUGGAGGACGCUGCUUGGUGCCUGUGUUUGCGUUGGGUCGCGCGCAGGAGCUGCUGCUUAUUCUCGAGGAAUAUUGGGAAGCGCACAAGGAAUUGCAGCAUAUCCCUAUUUACUACGCCUCUUCGUUGGCGCAAAGAUGCAUGAAAUUAUAUCAGACAUUUGUUAGUGCCAUGAACGACCGUGUGAAGCAGCAGCAUGCGAAUCAUCGUAAUCCAUUUGUUUUUAAGUAUAUUCGCUCCCUCGUGGACACGCGUUCCUUUGAAGACACAGGACCAUGUGUUGUCUUGGCCUCACCUGGCAUGCUGCAGUCUGGGAUUUCGCUGGAGCUCUUUGAGCGGUGGUGUGGCGAUAGGCGGAACGGCAUCAUUAUUGCCGGCUAUUGCGUUGACGGCACCAUCGCAAAGGAUAUUCUUGCAAAACCGAAGGAAGUCGCAAAGCCGGAUGGGAAAGUGCUUCCGCUUCGCAUGCGCACCAUUCAGUCUGUCUCCUUCUCCGCUCACUCAGAUGGCAGACAGACGCGUGACUUUAUUCAGGCCCUACCCAAGACGCAACAUGUGAUUCUUGUUCACGGCAACGUUGGCGCCAUGGGUCAGCUGAGGAAUAAACUUCAGCAGGACUUUGCAGAGCGUGGAAUGAAGGUCUACGCUACCAAAAAUCAGGAGGCCAUACGCAUUCCGUUCAGUGUGCAACGCACAGCUAAAGUGAUGGGGACGUUGGCAACUCUCCCGGCACGAGCCGGCGACUUCGUUAGUGGGGCGUUACUCGUCUCCGGGCAACACUCAUACAGCAUUGUGCACCCCACCGACAUUCCACUCUUUACAGACCUCAACGUGGCACAGAUUCAGCAAGCCAUGGUCUUACCGCUGCCUCGGUACAAGUCGUCACUUGAGGUACUAAAAGUUUUGCGGCGUUACUUUGCUCAGAGUCAAAUGUUCGAGGAGGUCACCCCACAGCAGCACGAUGCCGUGUUGGAGGAAAGCAAUGGACAUGACGCCGAUCACACCACAAGCACCACUCGCAUCACGGUCUCUGAUAACGUGAGCGUGGAUGUGGAGCAGAGUGCCAGGUCGCAAACGACAUUGACGAUUACCUGGACAGCCAGCCACCGCAACGAUCUUAUUGCCGAUGUCACAUGCAUUGCUUUGGCCAAAAUUAUGCACCUUGAGCAUGGCGCCGAUAGUAUGGAUCCCCUUCCUGUUGACGUUUCUGGCAGUGAUCGCCUCUUCCGUUUGAAGUGCUUCCAUCAUAUGAUGUCCCAGUUUUACCCCGCGGUUACCACAAACCUUGGAACCGGUGUCUGUACCCUGGAGCUUGAGGAUGGGCAAACGGCGACCAUCACAGACUGCAUUGAACUUGAAUUGGAAGAUAACAAAAAAUCCGGCUACUACUCCACCGAGGUGGAACGGCUUAAAACAAUUUUGAAGCGGGUGUAUCUAACCCUCUUCCCCAUUCCUGUUGACCAGGGUUGGUGUGACUGCGGUAUGAUUCAUGGCGCAGAGCCUCUUCCAGAAGAAGUUGUCUAA